AUGGCAUUGCAUUAUUCAGGGAACUUUCACGACCUACACAGUGGUGCGAACCGACCCGUGGAGUGUGGUAGCUUCCCGCGUGACGAUCAGGAUCGUCCUGGCGGUAAUGAGAAUUGCCCCGCCCAGCACUUUUGUGGGAUUUUUCAUGCGACGUGGCGUGGGAUGGCUCGGGCUGCACCCUUUCACCGAGUCUCAACGCCACAGGUUCAAAUCGGUGAGCCAUUUGCUGUUGUAGGGCCGACAGAUGAUGGGGAAGACUUCCAGGAAGCCACAUUACUAUCUAUCUUCAUUCUGCUUCAUAUUUUACACCCAAGUGCCAAUUGCAGUAGAGAUCUCUCUCAAAACCAGGCUCACAUAUCCUUCAUCUUGACUCCUGAAUUCGCCAAGCCACAGAUAAAAGAGAAUCAGGAGAAGGCAGAUAGAAAACAAAGAGAAGCAUUUAUGGUGGAGAAUGGAAAAUUUGUACUCGAAAAGUUGAUUGCCUCUUGUAACGGAAAAUGUAAUCCUAUUCGUAGCUUCUCGAUCAAAGAGCUAAAGCAAGCAAUCAACGACUAUGACAGACAGAAAAUGAUAACAAAAGGAGGUGGUUAUGAAUUGUACAGGGGUGAUUUUCACUAUCAGGAUCGUCUAAUUUCUGUCUUGAAGUUUAAUGAUUAUUGGAUGAAUCAUAAAAAUAUUUUGAAGUUAAUCGGAUCCUGCUUAGAGACUCAUUUGCCCAUCCUAGUUUUCGAGUAUGUGAAGCAUGGGACGUUUCGUGAUCAGAGUGACAGCAGCUUUCAACUACCUCCUAUUGAGCCUUUACAGUUGACACAUCGGCUAAAUAUUGCAAUGGAGAUAGCUAAUGCAGUUGCAUACCUUCAUCUAGGAUUCUCCAGGCCUAUUCUCUUUAAAGAUAUCAAUUCAUCUCAUAUACUAUUCGAUGAAAAUUAUGUUCCGAAAUUGUUCAAUUUUUCAGUAUCCGAGUUUAUUCCAGAAGGUGAAACUCACAUAACAAACGGAGUAAGAGGAACAUCAGGACAUGUUGCACCUGAGAGCCUUCACACAGGCUAA